CUUAUAACUGGUCAUCGAAGAGUAAUGAGUGUGUUGGUUGGAGUGUUAUUUCGAGAACUACAAAUUGAUAAAAGCUAAGAUGAAGCUGGUAUUCACUACUUUCAUAAGAGAAAAUGGCUCACAAUUGGUUGCAGUGUUUUUGGGUACAUUGAACGCCAUAUCUGAUGGAAUGCAGUACGGGUGGACAGCUCCUUCGAUUCCAGUCCUUCGCUCACCAGGAAGUCCAAUUACUAUUACUCACACUAAAGAAGUUUGGCUCGAGCUUUGCUACAUGAUAGGUGGCUUCGUAGGACUACCAUUCUCCAUAUUCCUAGUCGAUUUCAUUGGAAGGAAGAAAACAGUGCUUUUCUCAUCCGUCGUUGGUUUAAUGGGAUGGAUUUCCAUUGCAAUUGCUCAUAAUAUCUACUACCUAUAUGCCGGUAGACUUCUGCUUGGUGUUACUGCUGACAUAGCUUUUACAGCAUCGCCAGUCUACAUAUCAGAGAUUGCCCAUCAAGGAGUUAGAGGCUUUUUAGCAGGACAGAUAUAUCUCAUGAUGUUGGUGGGAAUUAUAAUUAUCUAUUCUAUAGGACCUUGGUUACCCAUAUAUGGCUCAGCCAUCGUUGGAUGUUGUCUUUUAGUCAUUCAAUUGGUUCUUUUUCCUCUAAUGCCAGAAUCCCCAUAUUACCUAAUUUAUAUAGGACAAAAUGAAAGAGCCGAAAAAUCAUUGAAAUUUUUCAGAGGAAACAUAGAUGUUUCUGCUGAACUACAAGAAAUAAAAUCAGCUGUUGAAAGACAAAAAUCGGAGAAAGGCCGACCGGAGGAUUUGUUCAGAAUCGACAGCAACAGAAAAGCUUGCCUCAUCAUGAUUUUACUAAAUUAUACUCAGCAUUUCGCUGGAGUGUCUGCUCUCGUUAUGAAUCUUCACUCAAUACUCAUCCAAGCAGAUUCCAAUGUCAUAUCUGCUGACCAUGUAGCAAUUCUCUUUCCCUCAUUGAUGCUUGUAUCCGCCACUAUUGCUACAGUGAAAGUCGAUGAUUGUGGUAGAAAAAUACUUCUUCUGGUUUCUGGUAUUAUUACAACCGUGACUUUGUUUAUCUUAGGUGCCUUUUUCCAGAUGCAAUCUAUGAAGUUUCAAACACAAAAUUACAGCUGGAUCCCAUUUGUGGUUAUAAUGUUUUACGCUGUUGGUAUCAAAUUUGGUUUAGCUAUAGUACCAAUCGUUAUAACGGCAGAAUUGUUUCCUGCUAAAGUGAAAGGGAUGGGUAUGGCUUUAGCCGAUUUCGUGUAUAUCCUUUCAUCGAUCACGUCUGUUUAUCUCUAUCAGUGGAUUAAUAUCAACUAUACUUUGAGUGUUUCAUUUUUUGUUUUCGGAACACUGUGCGCAUUAUCUACCAUAAUUAUUCAUUUCUACGUACCAGAAACUAAAGGUAAGACUCUAGAAGAAAUACAGAUGAUUCUCAAGAAUGUUCGUACUGUAGACGUGCAGAAUACCAAAUUGUAAAAAUAUUAUUGAAAUUAAACUCUUAUCGUUAGU